CGUCGCGCCCAAUGCAUCCUGCGUCGUUCGCUCUAUCCCGUCAUGCUCGCCCGCUCUCUCUCCCUCUCUACUCUGAGGACUCUUCGGCAAGCGGCGGGUGGUGGCUGCGGAGUUGUUGGCACUUGCGCAAAAACAGACGCGAGCUCGCGCCGCAUGACGCCGAGAUAGAGGAGCGUGCGCGCACUAAAACAAAAGCCUCGUUACUCCCGCCUCCCUUCGUUGUGCGACUACAGUUUGAAGCGAAAAAGGUACAAAUAGAAAAGAGGUAGCGAAUCAGCGGUCUCCAUGUCACAAGAGGGCACAGGAGUCGGCGUUAGAGGGGGCAGAGCAAGCUCCCGCGAAGGUGCUUCACAUCUGCUAUCAGAGUACCGAGCUACGUCGAGCGAGGGCAUACUGGAGGCCGGUGACAUGGAUAAAGAGCACAACACGGGAUACCGCACCGAGGCCCACGUGGAAACAGGCAGCAAUGGCGUCUGCACAUUCCUCCUCACAGCCAUAUCUAUAUUUUUUAUCGUCUUGACGUUUCCCCUGUCGCUGUUGAUGUGCAUCAAGAUUGUGCAGGAAUAUGAGAGAGCUGUCAUCUUCAGACUCGGUCGCCUUGUCAAAGGAGGAGCACGAGGACCAGGCCUUUUCUUCAUCAUUCCUUGCAUUGACAACUAUACAAAAGUAGACUUGAGAACUGUAUCCUUCGACGUGCCACCUCAAGAGAUCCUGACCAAGGACUCGGUGACCGUCGCAGUGGACGCUGUGGUGUACUACCGCAUCCAGAAUGCCACCGUGGCCGUGACCAACGUGGAAGACUACGGGCGCUCGACUCGCCUCCUGGCGGCCACUACUCUUCGCAACGUGCUCGGUACCAAGAGCCUCUCUGAGAUCCUGUCUGAGCGCGAAGCCAUCAGCCACACCAUGCAGGCAAACCUGGAUGAAGCCACCGACGCCUGGGGAGUGAAAGUCGAGCGAGUCGAAAUAAAAGACGUGCGGCUGCCUGUACAGAUGCAGAGGGCCAUGGCAGCGGAAGCUGAAGCAUCCAGAGAGGCCCGCGCUAAGGUGAUCGCGGCGGAGGGCGAACAGCGCGCGGCGCGCUCCCUCAAGGAGGCGGCCGACGUCAUCUCGGAGUCCGGACCAGCGCUGCAGCUGCGUUACCUGCAGACGCUCACUUCCAUCGCGGCCGAGAAGAACUCCACCAUCGUCUUCCCGCUGCCGAUGGAGCUUCUCAAGGGGCUACUCGAGCGCCCAUCCUGAGCACCUGAGAGCACGGCUUUGAUGCACCGCCACCCGCCUGUGCCUACCCGCCUGCCUGCACGUGCCUUGGCCGCCGCCUCUCGCGCGGCCGGCUUGGAUUGGCAGCGUAGCUGCUGUUCUUAUGUGUACGAGAGAGUUAACACCCACUUGGGGGGGUGUUAAGUCGUCCAUAGCUUACGCUCUUUACUGGCCUCUGAGAGGCCGCCAUUGGCACGAGGCAAUCAUUUCGUAUGAGCGACACGAAUAGAGACAGUACCUGAGAAUUACGAGGAGCAUGACGCCACGCGCAAGCUGGCUUUAACCGGAGUCCUGAUGAAUGCACGAGAAUUGGAGUCCGGAUGAGCGCAUAAGCUCCAUUCCAUACGUUAAAUUACGCGUUUAGAUAGCGCCUAUUUACCUUCAGGUUUUGCUUCUGCGCGCAGAAGCAUUUCUAAAAGUUCGUCAAGGGUAACCAUUGAUUACCGUUGACUUGUGUAUUGCGUGGGCGCCUGAAGAAACGCUUGGCUCAGACAAGUUCGGUUCUCUUCUUAUGACACAAAUGUUGCAAAGGUUUCGUAUUGCGUAAGCGCACUAUAGCAGCCGCAGCGCAAAGUACAAAUCACAUGUAUGGGCUUCAGCAGUGUCAUCGGUCGUCUCUGAAGGGCUCGAAGCUGCUCGGAGUUUAUAAAAGCUUCACGUUGGGCUUGUUGGUACAUCAUUUUAAGGGGCUCCUCACCAGGCUUGAGCAUUGCGAAUCAACAGCACUACACAUAUGUCACCCAGUGGUGGUCGUGUCCGCGAAGUUUAAACGGCUGAGUGGCGCGAGAACGGCCGAAAAUCUGAGAAAAAAAAUCAAAACAAAGCCACGUGAUCUGUGAGUGAGUGAAAUAACUUUUAUUUGGUCCGGCAAAAUGCGACAGAAACCGCACCUGGCUAAUACCACGACGGAACCGACAGGUCUAGCCUGCCGGCUCGAUCACGGGCACGCUGGACGGCCAAGAUUCGGUCUUCGAAGAUGGGAAUUCGCCGUAGCGUGUCCCACUAUUCUUUGUUGAACGUCGGGCCCAGCGACCCGCACUCCCAGAGCACGUGCGGCAAAGUAGCGACCUCGCCACAAGCCGCGCAAGAACUAGUUGUGUAUAUUUCCGGAUAGAUACCAUUAAGGAACGCAGAAUUAGGCUAAUACUUUCUUUGCGGAAUUCUGAGCGUGACCGCCUGCAGGCUGUUUAACUUGGUAUGAGGUGGUGGGAAGAGCCUUCUCUCUAAAUAAAGGAAUUUCGUUAUCUCAUAGUGCGUGCAAGGAGCGUCCCUGUGUCCAGGAGGAAAGUCGCCCGAUCCGAGGGCAGCGCGGUGACGUGACCUUCUCGGGGUCGUGCUUCGAGCGCGAACAGCCCACGCAUGCACGUCUUGAAACGCCGACCACGCAGCGUCACUUCUUCUGGUAAUCGUGAAACGCGGAGCGCGUUCUUCCUUCCCCCCGUAAAUACUCCGCGAGGCAAAACAGAAACCAUAAGACGAAAAGAGGCUGGGCUUCUCGAGUGAACGCUGUGCGGUCUUUUUGGUUUUGGUAAUUACGCGAGGGAGGGAGUUGUCUUUUGCGGCGGGGUUCAGAGUUUCAGGGCUGGCAGUGAAGCGGCUCGCAUGGCGCGGUGACUGGGCAGUUUGAUUUUCUUUAACUCCUGCAAUGGUGAACCGAUCUCUAACAGAAAUACUUCGGUUAAAUAAUCCGUAUACAUGGUGCCUUACAACUUCCAGUAUAACCAACAUUUGCGAUGAGACCUGGUGAGGGGCCCUUUAAGCUUAACUGUUUUGCUACUGGAUAGUCAUGUAAGUAAAACGCCUCAUAGUAAAAUAUCCUCCCGAGUAAAAUUUACUUGCGAGUGCCAAGCGAUGGAAGACUGCCUGGGCAGGAGAAGCGCGUUGUCCGUGAAACUAUACGUGAAAGACCCGAAAACAAGGGCGUGAGCAAUGGACGCACGUUCUCGAGUGUUAGAUUAGUUUGUUGCACGCACAUGCGUGCGUGUCUGUGUGUGUGUCUGUGUGUGUGUGCGUUUGUGCGCGCCCGUGGGAAUGGCUUGCUCAUAGAUGACACCUCGUUUCAUGAAAAAGAGCAGUUUUUGCAGUUGCCUGUUCUUAAAAUGCGGCCGUUCUUGAGAAACGCAGCCUGAUUGCCUUUCUGCACUCACUGCACAGAAUAAUGUUUCAAAUUAGUACUUUUUGGAAGUAGAUUGGGUGGCCAGGUCUCCCCCCCCCCCCUUUUUUUUUUGUUGUUGAAUUACCACGUAGGUGUUUCGUUGAAUGCUUUCUAUUGCAGCUACCAGCAAUAUCACAACAAAUUUAAGUGUUGGUUCAUCGUCAAGUAAUGUAAGGGAGGAGAACGACUUAGACAGCGUUAUUGUUUAUGCGUUGGAUACCGCACAUGUGCCGCAUCCGCAACCACGCACGCAAAGUGCAUUUAAAUCACUGUGAAAAUUUCCUGUUCUUGUGGCUACUCAGCAGUUUGCCUUUGUUCGCUGUUGGUAGCACUGCGGAUAGCCUUAGACUUGGGUAGAGGUGGGGCUGUCAUUUGGCAAGCAUUCAACAUCAAUAAAUAUCUUCCAACGCUUACACGAAGUUCGUUUGCAAGCCGCAAAACAAAGGUACAUAAACGGGCGGCGAAACAGAUGUUGAAAUAAGCGAACCAUGCCGCUGAAUGAGGAGCUAUUUACAAGAAGGACACUAUUUGCGAGAAUGUUGAGGCUCUAGCUGAAGCUGCGAUUCUUCAGCGAGUUUGCUCGCAGCUGUUGUAAACGUGUUUCCGUCAGGUUGUCCCAAAAAGGAGUGAUACAAGGAAACACUUUACUUUUAUUAUCGCAGCUAUCCGGUUUGCAAUGCGCGACAAACGGCACAUACUGAGCCAACAGCUUUAACCCUUUUCUGUUCAGCACACGGCAGACUAGACCUGUUUUUAGAUUCAAGCUGUGCCAUAUAGUACACGUUCGUACAUAAGCGUCCUAUGUAUGUCCAGCUGUUGAAUUUUGUGCGUAGUUGCCGCAUUAGUGUUUAUUUUAUUUUAUUUUGUUGUGGCAAAGAGUGGCCUAUUUUGUGUAUUGUUUACUACUAAUAUAGGUGACCGCCUGAAA